GGAAGCAAGAGCAGGAAUAGCUGACCGGGGGGAAAAAAGGAAACCUCAGAAUUUCUCGUGGAUCAGUCAGCGCAGCAUCUUGGCAGCAAGAGAAAGCUAAUCCAGGGCUGCCUCUUCUGUCAACAAAUCCGCAGACUCUUCAUCCACCAUGGCCUCCUAUUCUCCAUCCACAGAUGUGGAGGAUGAAGUUAAGUGCCCCAUCUGCAGGGACUAUCUGACAGACCCCGUGACCUUGGACUGCGGCCACAACUUCUGUCACGGCUGCAUCCAGAACUGCAGCGAUAAAUGGGAAGAGAAGGGUGUGGGGGACUUGGAGUGUCCUGUCUGCAGAGCCAAGAUCCAGAAAGGGAAUUUCCGUCCCAAUUGGGACCUGGCAAAUAUAUCAGAAAAGUUUAAACUCCGAGGAAAGGAGCUAUGUGAGAAACACAAGGAAAGACUCCACCUGUUCUGCAGAGAUGAUAAAGAAUUGGUGUGCAUGUUUUGUGAACGUUCCCCGGAACAUGAAUCACACACUGUGGUCCUCAAGGAAGAAGUUGUCCAGGAAUACAAGAAUGUGAUGGAUAGUUGCCUGGAGAAUCUGCUGGAGGAGAGAGAGAAAAUUCUGGUAAAAAAAGCAGCGGUGAAAAGGGAAAGCGAAGACCUGCUGAAAUUAACAGAAACAGAGAGGCAAAAGGCAACCAGUGAGUUCAGGCAACUGCGCCAGUUUCUCAAAAAGCAAGAGAAGCGCCUGCUGAAUCAGAUGGAAAAGGUGGAGAAAGAGAUUGCAGCAAAAAGGGAUCAGCUCAUGGACCAGCUCUCUGAGGAACUCUCCUCUCUUCAAAGGAUCAUCCAGGAGAUGGAGGAGAAACGCCAGCAGCCAGGAAGUGAACUCCUCCGGGAUGUGAGGAGCACCUUGCAGAGAUAUGAGAAAAGAGAGAGACUAGGGAAUCCAGUGGAUCUCCCUCCAGAGCUGAAGAAAAGGAUCUCGCAAUUCUGUGCUACAAAUCCCCUUCUGCAAGGUGACAUGAAGCAGUUCAAAGACACUGUAUUCCUCAGACUGGCUCAGAAAGCAAAUGUCGCUCUGGAUCCAGCCACAGCUUAUCCUCGGCUUGUCCUGUCUGAGGACUGCAAAAGCGUGAGAUGGCGAGACGAGUAUCAACACCUGCCCAACAAUUCCGAGAGGUUCUACAGCGAUCCUGCUGUGCUGGGACGUGAGGGCUUCACCAAAGGCAGCCAUUACUGGGAAGUCAUUGUGGGAAGUGAGGAGAUGUGGGCUGUUGGGGUUGCCAGGAAGUCAGUGAGGAGAAAGGGCUGCUUAGCCUUAAGUCCUGAAGGAGGGGUCUGGGCUGUGGGGAAGAGGGGAGGCUGGUAUAGUGCCUUCAACCCCCCUGACAACCCUCCACUGUCCCUGAGCAACAAGCCCAAGCGGAUCCGAGUGACUCUGAACUAUGAUGGCAGGGAGGUGUCUUUCUUCGAUGCCGACACAGGAGCCCAUCUCUACACCUUCCUAGGAGCCUCCUUCUCUGGAGAGAUGCUCCUCCCCUUCUUUUGGCUGUCAGGAAACAAAACCCAACUCAGGAUGGCUUAAGCCUUAAGGGGACCAAAUCUACCUCUUGGGCCCAGGAGGCGUUUCUCUCCAGAGCAAAAUGAUUGCUCUGAAAGGGAACGUUUAUUUGCAAAGAGCUCUGUUGACAUCUUUGCAGAGGUCCUCGGAGAGGAUUCAUUCCAGCCACAAUCAGCAGAUAUAUGAAAAAAGUGGGCUUUGCUUUUCCCAUCCCAUCCCCAGCGUUCUCCCUGCAGCUUUGUUCCAAAAAAGACAGCAACACUUCCAGCAGUUCCAAACAAUUUAUUUCAAUGUCACUGAUGUCCAACCCUGGUUUCAUUUUUUAUUUUGCCACCUCUCCCUCUGCACUAGAUCUCCACCAGCUGAUGACAUGCGUUUUUGUAUUGCUGAAGUGGAUUACUAGAAAGCAAUCCCUCCACCCAUAUCGGCAGGGAAACCUCAUUGAGUUGCAUCCAAGGAUAAUCAUGCUUGGAGUUAUACCCACUGAAAGUCGUGCUCAUGGGUAACUUAGCUCAAUUGAUUUCGGUGAGCUUAUUCUGAAUAAAACAACAAAGCACAUUGCUUUGUAGACUUCAGAUCUCCAGAGGAAGAAAUAAGGGGAUUUAAGUCAGGGACAAGCUUCCAACCCCUGCUGCAAAUGAAGCCUGCCCCUAGCUAUAGUUGCUCCAAGAUAAUUCAGUGGGGCCUCUUCUCAGUUCAUUCUCUUCUGGAUCAGUGCCUUAAUCCUUUGUAGAUUCUGUAUAUCACAGAAUAACCAUUGAGAUGUCCCCAGAUGUUGUUGUCCAGUUCCCAUCAGCUUCAGCCAGCAGGGCAGACAGUCAAGGAUGAUAGAAACUCUAAUCUGGACCUCACCACCUGGACUCUGCUGCCCUAUAUCCUUCCCAUUGAAAGAAAUGUGAAAAUAAAUUUUGGACGCUAUAGAUUUAUCCUGGUCUGGUGCAUGCAAUGUCUUUUGUUUUGCAGCUGCGUGAUUUGUGCUCAUAUUGUAUUGUGGUAGCCAUUGGCUAUAAACAAUAAAAUUUAUAGAUAGAUUGAACUGCGAAAAUAGGUAAUAAAAUAGUAAAACAAUUUUA